AUGGGUUUAUCGGGCUCUGAAAACAACCAGUUCAAGCCCACCUUCACCCGGGACGUCUUCCGGUUGGAGAUUUGUGGACCCGAAGAACAGAAUUUGAGCAUCAUCGACGUUCCGGGUGUCUUCAAAAAUACUACGGCUGGUCUCACUACCAAGCAAGAUAUGAAGAUGGUUAGAGACAUGGUGCUGGGUUAUAUGCCCAACCCUCGUUCCAUCAUGCUGACCGUAGUCCCUGCAAAUAUGGACAUGGCGACGCAAGAAAUACUUGAGAUGGCCCGCGAAUGCGACCCUCAGGGGAAUCGUACACUGGGAGUGUUUACCAAACCCGAUUUAGUAGACAAGAGUGCUGAGGAUAAGAUCAUGGACUAA